GCCGGGAGUAGCUCGAGCUUCUGGACCUGUCGUUGUCUAGAGACCGGCGAUCGGGCAGGAUGAACCUCUGCGCCCAAUAUUUACGGCAGGCAGAGGCCCUGAAGGCUGACAUGACUGAUUCAAAGCUUGGUGCAGCAGAGGUCUGGACAUCACGACAAGCUCUUCAGGACCUAUACCAGAAAAUGCUGGUCACAGACCUGGAGUAUGCACUGGACAAAAAAGUAGAACAGGACCUCUGGAACCAUGCAUUUAAGAAUCAGAUAACAACACUACAGAGUCAAGCCAAGAACAGAGCCAACCCCAACCGAAGUGAAGUCCAGGCCAACCUAUCCCUGUUUCUCGAGGCAGCUAGUGGAUUUUAUACACAAUUAUUACAGGAGCUGUGCACAGUGUUUAACGUGGACUUGCCUUGUCGCGUGAAAUCAUCUCAGCUUGGCAUCAUUAGCAAUAAACAGAGCAGUACCAGCGGCAUAGUAAAGCCCCAACCCAGUUCCUGCUCCUACAUCUGCCAGCACUGCCUAGUCCACCUUGGAGAUAUAGCACGCUACCGAAACCAAACCAGCCAAGCAGAAUCUUACUACAGACACGCAGCGCAGCUUGUUCCGUCAAAUGGUCAGCCUUACAAUCAGUUGGCAAUCCUGGCCUCCUCCAAAGGAGACCACCUCACGACCAUCUUCUACUACUGCAGGAGCAUUGCUGUCAAAUUCCCUUUCCCAGCAGCCUCCACUAACCUUCAGAAAGCCCUGUCGAAAGCUCUGGAAAGCCGUGAUGAAGUCAAAACAAAAUGGAGCGUGUCUGAUUUCAUUAAAGCCUUCAUCAAGUUCCAUGGCCAUGUUUAUCUGAGUAAAAGCCUGGACAAACUCAACACGCUUCGAGAGAAGCUAGAAGAGCAGUUUCAGAGACUGAUUCUCCAGAAGGCCUUCAGCUCCCAGCAGCUGGUCCACAUCACAGUGAUUAAUCUGUUUGAACUCCACCACCUGAGAGACUUCGGUACCGAGGCCGACGAGCAGAGUUUCAGCUCAGACGAGCAGAUCAGCUGGAUCCAACUCCUUGGCCUCUUCAUGUCUUUCCUGGGUGUCAUGUGUAGCCGGGCCUUACUGAAUAAGAAUCGAGAGGAGAUCUUGGGCGAGUGCCCCCUUCCAGCCAUAAAAGUGUCUCUUGAUUGGCUGAAGCUUCGCCCUAGUGUAUUUACAGAGAACGUGCUGGAAAAGCGACAAUACAUUUGGCCGUGGCUCGUGUCCAUUCUCAACAGUUUUCAGCCUAAGGAAGAGGAUGUGACAUGUGCGUCAGCAACUCCACUCCCAGAAGAAUUUGAGCUACAAGGCUUCCUGGCCCUGCGGCCUGCCUUAAGGACCUUGGAUUUCUCUAAGGGGCACCAGGGUAUUGUGGGUAACAAAGACAGUUUACUGGUCCAUGCACGACACCAGCGACUCAUUAGUCUCGGCAAAUGGGUGGCAGACAACCAGCCAGGGUUGAUUCAAUACAGAAUUAGCGAUGGCCUUCUCCUCUUCGUCACUGACAUCCCCGAGCUGGCUGUGGAGGAGCCCCAGGAGAAGGACACGCCUGUGCUGCAGGAGUCAUCUAACGGAGAGCAGGCACCUCACGAGGGUUCGCUGGGGCUCAAGUCUGUCCUGUCUGCCGGAAAGAGCCAGAACAGCGGGCUGGACGGCACCGAGAGACCCGUGGUCACUUUCAAAGAGAACAUCAAACCCCGCGAACAGAGCCGGGAGCAGGGCCGCGGCCAGCACCAGAGGGAGACGGCCAAGGAACGGGCGGGCUUCGGCAAAGGCAACGGGGUGCAAGGCAAGAACGAACAGAAGAAAGACGGAAAGAAGAAGAGCGAGGCGAAGAAGAGCAGUCACGACAAAGCGAGCGAUGUCGGAAAACAGGUCAAAACCCAGACAGAGUUGAGAAAAACUCCGGUGUCGGAGGCGAGGAAGACUCCCGUCACGCAAACUCAGACCACCUGCUCGUCUCAGUUUAUCCCCAUUCAUCACCCUGGGGCUUUCCCUCCUCUGCCCAGCAGACCAGGUUUUCCUCCCCCGGCGUACGUGAUCCCCCCGCCCGUGGCUUUCUCCAUGAACCCCGGCUUUACCUUCCCGGCAGGCGUGUCCGUGCCCGCCCAGUUCCUCCAGCCCGCCUCCCACCCCCAGUCGGCCAACCAGGUGCCCUCCGGGAAGCCCUCGCACAUUCCCUACAGCCAGCAAAGGCCCUCCGGUCCGGGAUCCCUCAACCAGGGGCCUCCGCAACCACCGCAGGGACAGCCGCCCCCUCCGCAGCCUUCCCAGCAGGCCUUGCAGCAGUCGGUUCAGCUCCAGGUACAGCAACAGCAACAGCAGCAGUCGCCUACCAAGCAGAGCAGCCAGCUGGGGAAGAGCCCGCCACAUCAUCCUGGCAUGCAGCAGUACAUGCAGAUGGCCGAGCAGCCGGCUCAGAUGUGGAACCAACACCAGAGCCAGGCGUCUCUGCAGAAGAUGCCCAUGCAGAUGCCUGUCAAACAGCCUUUCUACAUGCCUUCCCAGGACCCCAUGAAACUCUUCGAUCACCCCAUGCCCUCCUCUGUGCCCAUGCAACCCUCUCAGCCAAGCCUUGACAAGCAGAUGAAGUUUCCGGAGGUCAAAAUGCAAGAUUUCUUUUGGGAGCCGCCGUACCGGAUGGGCGAGGGCAGGAGCGUGAUGGGAGACUUACUGGGCAAACGCCAGCCUGGAGUUUUCUGCCCUGACCAGGAAAACUCGUCCAGGGGACAGCCGUAUGAGGACAACAAGAGCUCCCCUCUUCUUCCUCCAGACCUGUUAAAGACUCUGGCAGACUUUGAGGAAGAGGAGGAGCUGGUCUUUACUAAACCUCCUGAUUUCUACCAGGCCUUGGCCGGGCCUCUAAACUCUGCCCCUGGAAGGAACAUAUUUUUGCCAAACCAGUCAAGACUUGACAGCGGGUCUGAUGUCAUCGGCCAGUCCUCUCUGCUCCCGCGGCCUGUCUUCUCAGUGCAGGACAACACUUAUCAGAACAACAGCAUUUUCAGUGAAGCCUAUGGCAAAAACAUGACUUCCACACCCAAGCCUGAUGUACCCAUGAUGCCCCAGGAGCCUUCACUCUACUCCCUGUUUGAGGGAACUCCGUGGUCACCCUCUCUCCCUGCCAGCUCAGACCACUCAACACCAGCCAGCCAAUCGCCUCACUCGUCGAAUCCCAGCAGCCUGCCUUCGUCCCCGCCCACCCACAGUCACGGCACUCUGCCCUUCUCCAAUUUUGGCCCCAUUGGCACACCAGACAGCAGGGACCGGAGAGCCGCCGACCGCUGGAAGGCUGAGAAGUCCGGUGUAGGCGGCUUUGGGUUGGACUAUUUGCCGGCUGCUUCGUCUUCAUCGUCUGCCCAGGAGACCAGCUGGAACCAGGGAAGCUCCACUAGCAGUUGGGCAGCCCAGGACAUGACCAUGGAGGAUUCUUCCACCGUCCUCCUCGACAGUCUGAAGUCGAUCUGGUCGAGUUCGAUGAUGCAGCCUGGGCCGUCUGCUUUGGAGCAGCUCCUCAUGCAGCAGAAACAGAAGCAGCAGCGUGGUCAUGGUACCAUGAACCCGCCACACUGAAGGGUCCGCAGGAACAAGCACUUGUGUGGAAAAAAUUACGCUUACGUAAGAAGAAGAGGUGAAAACCCAAAAAACGAGCUCCAAUCGGAAAUUACCGGCAUUUCACCGGCACGUGGAGGCUGGAGAUGGCGAACGAUCUGAACCGACAGGCUCAAAAAAACCAACCGCUCGCCUGCCCGACGAGGAAGGUGCAGCCCUUUCUACUCCUCUCCUCCCUCUCUCUAUCUCUCUCUCUGCCCAUGCCGCCACGGCAAGGAGGGCGUACAAGCACCUGAAACCCGCCGCGCUGCUCAGCACGUAGCCGCCGCAGAACUCUGACUCUGAGGAAAUCUAAGACUUCCUCUCUGACUACCACCCUGCCUCUCGUAGGGGUCAAUGGUUAUUCCUCUUAACUCACCUGGGCUCCAUGACUUAAGAACUCUGGACUUGGACCCCCUUCUCAAGCUGCCUGCUUUAAUCUGCAUCCCGAUG